UUGAGAAGAGCUGCAGGAAUUGGAGUUUUCUUCCUAUUUUUGAGAUUAUUUAAUUGAGGACUAAUAUGGAACAGCCAUUCGCAAACUUCUGCCAGCAGCCAGCCACCAAAAACGUUGAACUCCUCCACUGAUUGGGUAUCAGCACGCUUUUCUUCAGAUUUCUCUCGUGAACACGAACUACUCCGACUACGGCUUCCUGCCUGAGAAUCAGAACCGCUUGAGGCUCUCCUCCUUCUUAUUCGGAUAACCUGA